ACCGCUCAACUACAUAACCGCUCCACAGGCCCCCAGCCAUCAUACCCCCCCCCCCACCUACCCAUGUGACACACACCCCGACCAAUUCUCAGGCAUAUAACCCCACAGGCAUACACAGACUUCCUUCCUGAGGCUGGCAUGUAACCUCACCCACACACAAGUCCCUUUCCCCACUUAAAGCCUGCAGUCUGCCCCAUGUUGCCCUCCUCCGGAGUUCAGCAGGAGUGUUUUGCUUUCUGGCAUUUUGCUUGAUAUCCAUUUCCUGGGUGAGCUUUCACCUCAAGGAUGAGCAGCUGAAGAGACUUUUAUAUUUAGUUCUUGCCCCCUCCCAACCCCAGACCCUUAUCUGUAUUGAUGCAGCUCCAGUUACAGCAGUGCAAGCUGCCCUGGUGCCACCAUUCAUCUAGUUCUUUGGGCUCAAAGCUAACUCAGUGUUUGCUCUGAACUUCACACUUUCCAUGCUCAGGCUGAUGGUUUUGUCCUGAAUGACGAGUUCCCUAAGUUAAUCAUUCUCCAGAAAGCAGCUGUAAACACAACGGAGAAGAAAAGAGAACAUCAACAAAGCUGUAGCUCUGCAAAAUACCCCAGGAUGUGAAUUCUGAUGAGAGUCCAGCCUCCUGUUCAGACACCCUGAUAGCUGCUGUUUUCCUCGUUCAAAACUGCUCUUUUGUUCCAACUUUUAUUUACAAGCAGUUGCUAUUUUUUAAAAUCUUUUAUUACAACUAUUCACUACAGCUGUGAGCUGAAUUUUUAAAAAGCAGGACAAAUCCUCCUAUCAACAGGAUUUUUCUUUUUUGGAGAUAUUACUCUGAAUUUACCAUGGUGGAUAAGGGUUACAGUUACUACCGAACAGUGAUAUUUACUGCCAUGUUUGUUGGCUACACACUGUACUAUUUCAAUAGAAAAACAUUUUCAUUUGUAAUGCCCUCAAUCAUGGAGGAAAUAGAAUUGGACAAAGAUGACUUGGGUCUCAUCACUAGCAGCCAGUCUGCAGCCUAUGCUAUCAGUAAAUUUAUCAGUGGAGUCCUCUCUGAUCAAAUGAGUGCCCGCUGGCUCUUCUCAUCUGGCCUUCUACUGGUGGGCGUAGUCAAUGUUGUCUUUUCUUGGAGCUCUACUGUUACAGUCUUUUCAGGGCUGUGGUUCCUGAAUGGGCUGGCACAAGGACUGGGGUGGCCACCAUGUGGGAAGGUACUGCGCAAAUGGUUUGAGCCUUCCCAGUUUGGGACGUGGUGGGCAAUUCUCUCCACCAGCAUGAAUCUGGCUGGUGGCUUGGGUCCCAUUGUUGCUGCUCUGAUGGCUCUGCGCUACGACUGGCGCACAACUCUGUCCGUCUCUGGCUUCAUCUGCGUGGGUGCCUCCUUUGUUUGUCUUGUCCUGAUUAAAAAUGAGCCCUCAGACGUUGGGCUACCAAAGAUUGAACCAGGAACCAUGAAAGGGAAAAAAGGCUCAUCCAGAGAUGACAGCACCCUGGCGGAGCUGCUACUCUCGCCAUAUCUGUGGGUACUCUCGACUGGCUACCUGGUUGUCUUUGGAGUGAAGACAUGCUGUACGGAUUGGGGUCAGCUCUUCCUGAUUCAGGAAAGAGGACAGUCUGCUCUUGUGGGCAGUUCUUACAUGAGUGCCUUGGAGAUUGGGGGCCUGGUAGGAAGCAUUGCUGCUGGGUACCUUUCUGACAGAGCAGUAGCACGGGUGGGUCUGUCAAGUUAUGGAAAUCCUCGGCAUGUGCUCCUGCUUUCCAUGAUGGCGGGAAUGUCUGCUUCGAUGUACCUUUUCCGGGUCACAAUCACAAGUGACUCUCCUAAGCUGUGGAUACUGAUUCUAGGAGCCAUCUUUGGGUUUUCUUCUUAUGGACCAAUUGCAUUGUUUGGAGUGAUAGCAAAUGAGAGCGCACCUUCCAACCUGUGUGGCACCUCACAUGCUAUUGUUGCACUACUGGCCAAUGUUGGUGGUUUCCUGGCUGGAUUGCCUUUCAGUACUAUAGCCAAGCACUACAGUUGGGCCACAGCCUUCUGGGUAGCUGAAAUAACGUGUGUCAUCAGCACCAUAGCCUUUUUCUUGUUACGGAACAUCCGCACCAAGAUGGGUCGGGUACCCAAGAAGAUUGACUAAAGAUGAGCUGCAAAGGUACUAAGGAUGCUCCAGAUGCCAUCUAGGGAUGGCAAAUGACUACUCACUGGCCUGGUACUGAGUUUCCUACCAAUGCAACCUAGAGCAGAAUAUUUAUCAAAACUUCAUUUAAUUUUAGUCAUUUUCCUGUUUAGAAAGGCACAAAAUCUUCAUUGGCUUAUGUUUUAAUGCCUACACAAUUUGUGGUUGUUCAAUUAUAGUUUACAUCUCA